AUGUCGUCAUCGCUUCCUUUUUUUACUCCCUCAGAAGUGUACGUACAUAACACGCCAGACGACAUAUGGGUGUCUUUCUUGGGAAAAAUUUACGAUCUAACGCCGCUGGUCAAACAGUAUGAGGGAAGUGAUAUAAUUAAGCCGAUUUUGGCGAAUGCCGGCAAAGAUAUAUCCCACUGGUUUCAAAAGGAAACAGGGCAGAUUAGGCACUAUAUACAUCCAAUAAUUGACGUCUCUGUACCAUAUGCACCACAUGGUCCACUGCCCCAUAUUGGACCUCAAGUACCAACUACAGCCUGGAGGCAGCUAACACACCCUCCAUGGUGGGAAGAUAAGAAGCUUAUCGUGGGGAAUCUCACAAAACGAGCACGGCCUAUUCGACUACGUAAUAUGAACACUGGGGAGCAAUUCACGCUUACUAGAAAGCAUUCAGUACAAAUUCGGAUGACGCUUUAUGCCUGCUGCCGGCUUGAAACGUAUAAUGUUUCCAGCAUAUCGAGGAUAGAUUGAAGUCAUCACUGACUAUAAUUGUAUGAGUG